UUGAUUCCGCUUGUGUGACCGCUGUAACUGAAAACAUUUCAACGAUAGAUGUCUCGGAAAUUUUGAGUUCCUCAAAAGAUAUGACAUUUAAAUCACGACAGUAACUAAGGAGUAACUAAUUCGUAAUCACUAUGAAUAUGUUACUAAUUUAAAUUACGUUAACAUUAGCUAUGCUAGCUAGAGUUAGCUAACUUGAAAAGGAUUGUGGAAGUUUGCAGGAGGCGGCUUGUUCAGACAGGUGGUGUCAGCAGUUGGAAAUGGAGGCCUUUUUGGGGACUCUGCAAGAUCAUGACGCGAGCUCCGUCCUGACGUCUUGUGAGCCCGAGCUCCUGGAGCUCAUGCGCCAGAUUGACAUAAUGGUAGCCCACAAACGGACCGAGUGGGAGGCAGAGAUGGGAGCCCUGGAGGGAAAGUUACAGAAAAACGAAGAGGAGCUGCAGUCAGCCAAUGAUCAGUUACAGACCAAACAUACAGAGGUCAGUGUGCUCCGCCAACAGCUGGAAGAGAUGCAGACUGAGAGGCAGGAGAUGAUGACCAAGUAUGAGGAGCAGCUACAGCACGUACGAGAAGAGUUGUCCAGGCUGAAACGCAGCUAUGAGAAGCUCCAGCGCAAGCAGCUGAAGGAGGCCAGAGAGGGAGCAAAGAGCCGAGAGGAGGACAGGACAGAACUGACCAGGCUCACCAGCAAGAUCGAGGAGUUUCGACAGCGCUCUGUGGAGUGGGAACAGCAGCGGGUUCAGUACCAGAAGCAGGUGGCCUCCCUGGAGGCCCAGAGGAAGGCCCUGGCUGAGCAGUUCCAGCUCAUGCAGCAUUCUCAGGCGCGUGGCAGAGAGCUGGAGCAGAGCGGACAGGCCAGCCAGCUGGAGGUGCAGCUGCUGCGCGGUCAGCUGGAGAGGGCACAGGACACCCUGCGCGCACAGGACCUGCAGCUGGAGCGCCUCACUCUGCUGCAGGAGGAGCUGGGAGACUCCCAGAGGGAACGGCAGGUCAGCAACACGGUACUGAGCGAAGAGAAAGCAGAGUUACUGGCCACACUCAACACCCAGGACGAGUUUGUGCGUGACUCAGGACUUCAGUUGAAUCAGCUGCGCAGUGAACUGGCCAGGUUGACACAGGCCCUGCAGGCUAAAGAGCAUGUUAUCAAGUCCCUGGAGGAGUGUCUGAGGAAUAAGGGUGUGUCUGCAAGCCUUGCCUCUCUGAGACAGGAACUGGAGAAGACUGUCACCCAGCUGCAAAGCUCACGUGCCUGCGAGGGACAUCUGAAAGCCGAGGUGGCCCGUCUGCGCAACAGCCUUGAGAGCCUGCAAGGAUGUGAAAGUUUGAAGAAUGAAAGUUUAGUCAAGAAACCGCAGAAGCUGAAGGACUUGGAGGAUCAACACAGUUGCUCAUUACGGGAAGUGAAGAAGCUGAAGGAUGAGCUGCAGCGGAUGGAACAGACGCGGCGCGGGGAAACGGAGGGCAUGAGGAAGGAGGUUUCCCAGCUGACGAACGAGCUGCACCAGCGCGACAUCACCAUCGCCACACUCAGCGGCUCCGCCUCCAGCAUUGAGCGCCAGUUACGGGCGGAGGUGGAGCGGGCGGAGCGACGAGUGGCCGAGCUCAAGGUGACUCAGGUGCAGCUGGAGACGAUGAAGAUUGAGAACCAGCACCUGACGGACAUGCUGGAGCGACUGGAGUCCAGGUCCCCCCAGAAAGGUGACGGCUCGCUGGCCUCGCUCAGGGACAGCUACGUGUCGUCCAUGAGCAGCCUGGAGCAGGAGAACCAGCAGCUGCGGCAGGAGCUGGGGGAGGUGCGCGCCCGCCUGGAGGCCUACACCAAGACCUGGCAGGAAAAGCUGGAGAGGGCACUGCUGCAGAACCAGGACAAGCUGAGCCAGCUCCGCUUGGCAGAAGAAAGGAAAAUUGCGGAGAUCCAGCGAAAGCACAGGGAGGAGAUGCUUGCCAUGGAGAUGAAGAAGCAGGAGAGCACAGCUCGCUAUGAAGAGGAGAUCCAGCGUCUUCGGAGACAGGUGGAGGCCCCUCCUCAGUCUUCCCCUGACAUGCCAGACAGCCAGUCCCUUGCCAGCAGGUCCCAGUCAGCCAAACCUGCUUCCUCUGGCUCCUCCUCCUCCUCCUCUUGUGAGGCAAAGAAGAUACCUAAGGAAGACCCCUCUUUGCUCACUGCUGCCCCUGAUGGCAAUGAAGGGUGCUGCUCCGACUCCAGCUUAGUUGAAUCGCUGCACCUGCUGGGAAGAGAGGCGCUGUCUCCCCUGGUAUCCGCGGGCACCUCCCCCACGAACUCCGUGGCCUCCCGGUUCCUGGAGGAGGAAACGGUGCGCUCCAGGGAGCUGCUGCAGCGGCUGGACACCCACAUUCAGGACAUGAAGGAGGACACCUCCAAGACAAUAAGGAAGUACCUGGAACAGUGCACAGCGGCCCCAUCUGACUAGGCACCUGGUGCUCGAUGGACACCACAGGGGGGUAUAUUUCCUCAGCCACAGUGCUAUUCACAGCUGCCAAAGGAGUCCCCUGCACACAGAGGCAGUAAUUCAGCAGCAGUGUAAACACUAUUUGAGCAGGGUUCAUUAAGUGCUUAAUAACGACAAUGAGUAGGAGGGAACUGUAGAGCUCAAUUCUCAUUGGAUGAAUGAAAGGCCCUGUAGCCUGUAGAGGUUGUGUGAAAAAUGGCUAUGCAGGGUUUGGUGCCAUUGGACGUGGACCUAGUCCAGUUUUUAAUUGUUAAUUACGGUUUACGUUUACAGCUUUGGAUUUCAAAAAACA